CUGGCGAUUCCAUGAAGUAGUGAAGCUCGCAAUACUGCGCCUUCAGAGAGGCAGGCAGCUGCGGCGCCAGUGUGCGUGUGUAUACCAUUGCUACUGACAUUCAAAUUGCAGCGUAGCCACGUUGGAACUAUCAAGAUUCCAAAAGCGAAAUGGUCUCAUCCAACCUGAGCAGAUAACAGGAUCGUCUUAACGCUCUGAAGUUGAUGGACUGACAGAAACAAUUAAUCCGAAGCAAGACUGUUUAGCUAGCUAGCUAGCUACACGUGGAAACGUAGCUAGCUAGCAAGCAUAUAGAAAGUGAACUGGCUGGCAGCUCUGCAGAGAGGGACUCCUGAAAAACCAAGAUAAGGGCUGACCGUCGCCGCUCUUAGCCCCCAAAAUGAGUGCCAAAUCCGCCAUUAUCAAGGAGGUUUUCGCGCCACAUGACGAGAAGAUGCUGGGUGCCGUGCAGGUCAAGAGGAGAACGAAGAAAAAGAUCCCCUUUCUGGCCACCGGGGGCCAGGGGGACUACAUGACCUUCAUCUGCCUGUCAGUGACUAAUAAGAAGCCCUCCCAUGUCUCCAUUACCAAGGUCAAGCAGUUUGAGGGCUCGUCCUCUUUUGUCAAGAGAUCGCAGUGGACCAUCGAACAGCUGCGGCAGGUGAACGGCAUUGACCCCAAUCGAGAUUGCCCGGAGUUCGACCUGAUGUUUGAUAAUGCCUUCGACCAGUGGGUGGCGAGCUCAGCGGGGGAGAAGUGCACCUUCGUCCAGAUCCUCCACCACACUUGCCAGCGGUACAGCGUAGAGCGGAAGCCCGAGUUUGUCAACUGCCAGUCCAAGCUGCUCGGAGGUAAGGGGCUUAAAGGGAACAGCAUACUGCACUCGGCGGCGGACAGCGUGACCAGCGCCGUGCAGAAGGCCAGCCAGGCCCUGAACGAGCGCGGGGAGCGGCUGGGGCGUGCCGAGGAGAAGACGGGGGACAUGAUGAACAGCGCCCAGCAGUUUGCCGACACAGCUCACAAGCUUGCCAUGAAGCACAAGAGUUAAAAGCAUUGCCAAAUCUCUGGGGGAUCUGCCAGGGGCGUGAGCUGCACAGGCCCAAGACGCGCUUCACAGUUUAUUCUUUUUAAGAAUUGUAAUAAUUGUAUUAAUAACGAUAACGAUCUUUGAUUUGUAUCCUUGGACGUUCAGUGUUCGUUACGAGUGACGGUUUGAAGAUUAGCACAGCUGAGGAGUUGAGGACCAACUUGACUGUCAUCCGUCCCCCCCGUCCUUCCUCUGUACUGUCCGAGCUAGACGACAACAUGGAGACUUUCCCCCAGCAAACUGUCCCUCUCUUCAGAGGAACGGGGCCUUCACAGUCCACUGUCUGUGGCAGCCCCGCAACCUCCAAGAGCUGGGCUGACCUGCACCAGGGGAACUGCGAGUCACAUGACGCAGUGUGACCAAUUACACUGCAGCUCAUGUUCAUCAUGGCAACAACUCUUUGUUAGUAGCAUUUGUAAUGCCAGGGAGAGUAGUCGUUCCAACAUUUCAGUCCUUGUUUUGAUUUGAAAAAUGUGGUUUUUAUCUCUUUACUUCUGACAAGUCAGGAAUUUAUUUAUUUCUUUGUUUUCCAGUAUUUUUAAAUGAAAGGCAAAUGCAGAGUGAGGUUUUAAAAAAACUUUUUUGACACGUUUUAGAUGGAUGUUAAAUGAGGAGAUGGAUAAGCUGCUCUGCAGCAUGGGAACAGUAAAAUCUGAAGAGAUUGAGAAGCUUUAUGAAUAAGCAUAUAGUUACAUUAUUAAUAUAUUUACCUCAUGACAGGGGAACCUCCCAACUUAAACUCCAGUUGGCACUAUUAAAUGGAAAAGGCACACUCUUCUCUUAUUCAGAUCUGUAAUACCUGCUAUAAAAUAGAAUAAAGAAACACUAAAAAUAAAUGCACCUUCAUUUGUUACAUUUUCAUGCUUUGAACUGAAUUUUGUAUGAGUAUUUAUUGUGUACGUAUUAAAUAAUUUGGAUUAGUUUAGAACUUGAACUUUAAUGCUUCACCAGCAGUUUAAAAGCAAAAAAACUGGUUGUUAUUUUAAGGAGGUACGUUUCUGUAACAGUAAUGAGGUUGUUUAAUGAUUUGGUUCAGUUUUUUUCUAUGGAAAACAGGUUUUAUGGUUGAGUAUGUUAUGGAGAAGUUUCUAUGUAUUUUAGAAUCAUUUUAAAAUUGAACAACCAAUUUUAAUUACAUGCAAAAAUCUUGGAAUUAACUUUUCAUAACACACAAAUAACUUUUAAAUCCUUAAUGAGCCCCAAUGUUCCACAUAAAGCUGUUUACGUUCAUGCCUAAUCCCAAACAAUUGAUAUUUAUCCCAAUUUGAAGUAAAAUAUGUAUGUUUAAUAUUAUAGUUGAAUUUGUUAUUUUUCAGAAAUGUCUUUUUUCUUUGAGGAAUUGGCUGUAACCUGUCCUAUACCAUGUCAUACUGAAUAGGUCAAAUAUCAGGAUCAGCGUCUCGAUUUUACUCGAUUUAACUGUGUUUACUGAAUAUGUGAUGUUAGUCACAUCAUCUUUAAUUUUUUUUUUUUUUUACUGACAUUUCAAUAGAGAAACAUUUUUAAUUCCAGAAAAAAGUGCCAACUUUGUUUUAUCUUUCGUUAAAUUAUGUUUUACUUAGCAUUGUAGCAGACUUUACAGAAUACGUUAUUUAACAGUAACCCAAGUUGACUGUUCAGCUGAGCUUCGUGUGAAGGUGCCUCAUGGUGCAGUAUUUAUUCUUUUGGUGUUUGUCAUGUGUACACCUCAAACAUAUGUGGAGCAGUGUAGGCAGGAACAGACCACUGUGUCAUACAUAAUUGGUCUGUGCUGUGGUUGUAAAUUUGGCGAUGCAUGUACAGUAAAUUGUGCUGCUGGUGCGAGUUCAGAGUUUAUAUAGAGCCUUGGUAGUGAGGAUAGAACCUUUUCUUUUUGUCCGUUUUAAAAUAAAAAAAAUACUGUGCAUACAUACAAUUUUAUUCCAUAGAGCACUCUCCAGUUCUAUCAAACUAUGAAACGAGACACCUGUAAGUCUUUUGGAAUUUUUUCAUGUUUCUGUCAGGUUGUACUGUACUGUAAAAUAUCCAUAUCUUUCAACAUUAUAGACUGCAUUUUACAUUUUGUGAUUAUAAAGAUUUGUUGAUAUUCAGCUUAAAUUUAGUUUCUGACUAUAGCUGGUGAUUAUGGCAGAUAGAAGCACCAAUCCCCAAUGCCUUUAGUUGUAUUUUUGCAUUGUUAUGUCUGACCACAAGGGGGCGAUCUUCUGUGUCAUCGUUGUAAAUACGCCAGAUUUGAUUCUCUGAUAACAACAACUGCAUUUGUUCACUUUAUUCUUGUCAUUAUGAUUGCCCUUGGUUCUUUUGUUCUGCCAGAUAGGCCUUCUGCAUGGUAAUUUUUGUCUUAUACAGUGAAGAGCUAAGAGAUGAGAACUUGUCCUAUUGAGAUGCACCCAGUUAUUGCCUGUGUCAUAGCAUUACAUUACAUUACAUUACAGGCAUUUAGCAGAAGCUCUUAUCCAGAGCGACUUACACAACUUUUUUACAUAGCAUUUUACAUUGUAUCCAUUUAUACAGCUGGAUAUAUACUGAAGCAAUUUCGGUUAAGUACCUUGCUCAAGGGUACAACGGCAGUGUCCUACCCAGGAAUCGAACCUGUGACCUUUGGGUUACAAGUCCAGUUACUUACCCACUGUGCUACACGCCGUCCUCCAGCAUGGCAGGCCUUCGUAAGAAAGUUGGUGUUGUUUUGAUCAGGCCUUUUUUUACCUGGUGUUACUCCGUGACAGAGUUCCAGGUAUUUUCCAUUGGAUAUCGGGAAACGCAUGUAGGUACUGAAGUUAAAACGCAUGUAGGUACUGAUUUACAGAUUAAGGGCUGCCUGUGGUCUAGGUAAAAUGUUGUGUGCAUUUACCUUUUUUUAUCAGAAGCAUCACAUCUCUUGCAAUUGCUGGGAUGUUGCUCUUAUGAAGUAUCUGUGGUGAAGGAUAGCAUUAGCUCUUUAAAAUUUGACUUGGCUGUUCUUAACCUAACCCAUAUUCAGCACUAAAUAUCCCAUCCCAUAACAGCUCCCUUUGAAGCAUACCCACACACAAGGAUUUUAUUUGGGUUUGAACUACUGUUAGUCUUCUGACUACGCCUGUUAUUAAUUCAUCUCAGAUCCAGAGAACAUUAUUUUUGCUUCAUACAUGAUUUAAUUCAUAUCAGUAUUUUCAAUUUCUUUGAGUAAUUUGAGUAAUCUUAGCUGUUUUUUUUUUCUUUUUUGUAUGAAAGGAUACACUGAUUUGGGUGCUUGUGAUAAUGUAGGUAGCCAGAGUACUUUUCCCUGAGCCAACACCUCAAAAAGUGCACAACAGCAAGAGACCCUUUAUUGAGGCGAGAUGCACUACUUUGCCUCCUGUCAUUCCAUUGUAUUGAAUGUCUGGUGCAGGGAGAUGAGAGCUGAAGUUUGUGCCUGUUUUUCUUCUUUUUCUUCUGGGAAUUAAGGAACUCAAAGUUCUCUUCAGUACUAGACACUGGUGUUAUGGACAUGCCUGGUCAAAAUCUAAAUUAUUGCCGCAGAAUCUGGUUGCCAAGUGCCAUAUGUUGAGGAAGCGAGUCUGUUGUUGUUGACAUCACUUUUGGAAUAUCCACAGAUCAGAGCAUCUGGAGUAAGUUAACUAAUCCUUGAUGAGUGCUGCGAUGACGGUAUCGCUCUCAGGAUGUAGCUCAUGACAGCAGUCUGUACUUUACGUUGUUGUAACACAUUGUUAUCAUUUAUGUGAAUUCAGUUUUUUUUAAAUGUGGUAUGUUUUAAGCAGAGUGAAUAAGAUAAUGUUAACUUUGUUGAUGUUGUGUGUGCUUAGCUAAUACUUAGUGCAUCAGUAUUUUAUUGGUAGAUAGUCAGUCAGGUAACUUACCUGAUGGCUGGCUCUUAACAAAGCUAACAGUAGCUAAGCCUGAGGAUUCUUUAGGCAGCUAUGCUUUCAAGCAUUAUCAGGACAUCUGUGGUUCCAUGUAUGUUGGUGUGUUUAGCUGUGUUUAGAGUUGGCUAAAACUAAAAUGUAGAGUACUCCCUCUCCACAAUGAUCAAAUGUGACAGCAACAGAGCUCGACAAAAGAAUACAUUUUGCUUGUUCAUUGUUGGGCAAAUAGCACUAGCUAGUUAAAAUAAUCAAAUGCAGGAUUUAAUAUGUUUUAUAGAUCUUUGACUGUAUUGCCUUGUUGUCAGUAUAUCUAUGUAAAAACAAAUGGUUUCACCUGGGUAACUCAGAGAGUGAUUCAGAACAGUCCGCUUCUCAGUUUGUAAUAUGCCGGUAAGUCAGACUUUAGGAAGCACUCGCCAUUUUGUGAACGUGACAAACAUCAAAUGCAUUUUUUUCAUUUUGUUAUUUAGGCCAAGGCUAGUCACCCCUGGUCCUCGAGUUCCAGAGGUAUUUCGGCUUUUGUUCUCCCCGAAGCUUGAUUUGUAUGAUGGCUCAUAGCAGUCAGAGCCUGGAUAUUCAGAAACUGAAUUGGUGACAUGCUGAGUUCCUUUGGCAUGCCGUCACCUGAAUUCAUUAAGCAAAAUAAUUACUUCAUUUCAGUAGGCAGGGGUUCAAAUAAAGAAUAAGCCAGAAACGUAUCUGAUACCGCUGGGACCAGGGAGCAUAAGUUUGAUAUAGGCUGCUUUGUUCUCUUUGCUUUUUGUAUCUGUGAUCGGGGGAGAGUCUCCUUGUGUCCUAGAUUCUUUGCACGGUCUGAUAGGACUGUUGUAAAAACGUACAAAUAAAUGUAAAUUUGAAGUUUAACAAGGGGUCUCUGACUAUAUCAAAGUAACCAUAGUUGUUUGGGGGAGUUGAGGUAGCCAGCUGGCAACCAUAACAAUACUCUAACUAUGUCAUAAUAUGGUUUUUGCAUUUCAUCAUGGUUAUACUUGUGUGAACUGUUUGGACUGUUGUACAUUCCCAUUGGAGAUGACUGUAUGAAAAGCCAGCUUUGCCUUUAUGUUCACCUUAAAUUUUAAUUCCUAUUUAUUUCCUGUAUCUUGUGACACAGGUAGACCUGACAUAUUCUAAGUGCAAUGAUUCUAAGUCAGUGCCUUUUACUAACUUAGUGUUUCCACGACUAUGACCCAAGUUACAAACAUUUUAUUGUUGUUGUUGUGCUUUGUUUGUGUAUGUACACAGUAUUUAAGAGCAUGCAAGGUGACCCAGGGUAACUGCGUGAGAGUGAAACUUCAUCUAAAACCAAAAUGUAAAGGCAAGUAAAGUGUCCUGUACUUAAUGAAGUCUGGGACUGGGCUUAAGAUGUUCAUUAUUACUGUCUACCGUGAUUUAGAAAUGGAAGACUGUUUAUGUUUCUGCUUAUGCAGCUAUGAAGGAUGCAGUGUGUGGAAAUAUAAAAAUGCAUGUGUACCAUGGGUGCUUAAUAAAGUAGAAUUUUUACCUGAAAGUAUUUCCUCAAAAACAUCAUUGACUUAAACUGUGCUCACUUUGCAUCCUAACGCAUUAGGGAGAGAUUUAGGAAUUCACGGAGAAAUGUGAGGGCAGGGCAGUCCCAGGGUGUCAUCAGGGUUCAUUGCUUUAUUUGCCUUAAAAAUAUUGUUCUUUCUCACUUUAUGGUUCACUGAUGAUCUGGUGCUGAUCUGAUGCCUGUACUGAAGUACGUUAUUAUUAUUAUUAUCAUUAUUAUUAUUAUUUGCUUGUCCUCACCUACACAAAUGCAUUGGUAUAGCUCCAGGAAAGGCUCUGUUCAAAGUAUAACGAGCAGUAUAACUGAUACAAAACAAGGCAUCCCUUGAAUCUCCAUGAUCUAAAUGGUAAAAAUCUAGGGAGUUGCUGCCAAAGAUCACUCCAGAUUUGACGUAUUUUUGAAGGAAAACUGCUCAUUUUUCAUUCUCAUCUGUAAGAUUUGGGACUCUAAAGGUUUGUCAAGCUCGGAAUUAAGAAGGCAACAAUGUUUAGUGAUAUUCUUGAUCAUUAAUUCUAAAUACUUGCAACAGACGUUAUUGCAAACUACUUACUCCUUUUCAUAGUUUUAACUAAGUAACAGUUACAUGUAUUUGGUCUAUUAAAUUGACUACAGUUUUGAGGUACUGUAGAUGCUAAACCUAUUAACGUUUUGUAAAAAAAAAAUGCAAUAAAUGGGACCACCAGGGUUUAGUGUUCAAGCGGACUGGUAGGAACGUAUAACCCUUUACUUUGUUUAUUUGUUUGUUACGUCGUUAGCAUGGUACAGCAUGUAAAUGGUAGGCUACGCAACUGAGAGUCGAGCAUCUUGGUGUUCUGCUGUAGAACCGAAACCUGCAGUUCUCAACUGAAACACUAGAGGGCCCCGUAGCAUAGGAAGUGACAAGUCAACUUCAUUCCAUGACUGUAAUUGAAACAAAUGGGGUUUAUAAGCGUGAUUGUUUAAAUUAUUAUUCACAGGUCAGGUUUUAUGUAAUGUUCAUUACAUUCAAAGGGCUGUGGGCAAGCUCUAAAGCCCCUGUUUUAGUUUCUGAAAAAUAGCUGACAAAUAACAAAUUUUAAAUACAACCAAAAGUUUACCUUAUGCCAAAUACAUCAAAUUCCAGGUUUUAUACAGUAAGAAGCAGUUUGAGUGUCACUGCCUUUACUAUUUCAUGAAUUUUUAAAUUUAUGGUCAGUCACUUCAGUUGUCAGUGUUCUAGACAUGACAUAGACAAGUACAUUUUGUGGGGUCUUGCCUCUAGAAAUAGUGACCUUAUCAAAGACAAUUAUAGAAAAGUGCAACAAAACCACAUGUGUGUUUCCAUUAAAUCUUUGUGGUCAAAUUAUGCAUAAUUAAGACUUAGCCCUUGUUAGAAACAAUACACGUAAAUCAGGUUGUUUCAUAUGGAAGAAUGUAUUUGUAAAAUGUCAGAUUCAUAUAUCUAGUUACCAUGUCAUUUAUAUUCAAUCUAAUUGAAUCAGAUAGGUCACAUUUAGUCUUGGAGAACUGCAGAUGUGUAUUGUGAUAAAUGUGUAAAAUUCUGCUGAUGUUUUUCUCUUGUUUUAACUGUUGGAGAUGUACAUGCAAGCGUGUUUUACCAAAAAACUGUCCCCUUCAAAAAGUGUCGCCGUCUCUGUCUUAAGUUCAGUUUGAACACUAUGACUUGAUUGUGAAAGCUCUUUCAGAAUCUCUGGUGCAGUCAGUUACCUUUCAGGAAAGCCUUCCUUCUGGGGGUGCAGGAUAUCAGGGGUGCAUCUGUACUGGCUAAAAAUAGCUUCAAAUGAAAGGUAUCCUAAUCAUAUUCAUCUGAAAGUCUUAUUUAUUAUUUAUUUUUAAAGCUAUGCUUUGAAAUCUCUGUAGCUCCUUAGACUCAUGCUCUCUGCUUAAUGAUAAAGCAAGUUUAAAUGUUUUGUUACUCAAAUAUAUAUUUAUUACAUUUUCCGUCUCGAAUUGGCACCUGUGCUGAUGUUAUUCUUUUAUGAAUACAGAAGCUGGAAUUCCGUUUGCAUUUGGGCUGUAUAAUGCAACAUGGAGCGGCAUUGGGCAUUGGACAACACAGACAGAUAAAUAUCAGUUAUAGGCCCAGAAUUUCAAUAUCAUGCAUCCCUGCUCUCUUCCUUCCGUCCCCUAUCUUUGCUAAAAUCCUAAUCCUUAACCAAAGGAGACACUGUUUGAUAGCGACAGUACGAGGUGGAACAUGGAUUUGUGCUGUACAGCGUGUCUGUGCUACCGUUACAUCAGUGAGACUGUUGUUGCAAAAAUGGUCCUCAUUAAACAUUGUAUGAUGUGGAA